UGCUUUCGGCCCAAAUAUAAAAAAUUGAAUGAUAGCGAUCUUGGUCUCUGCAGUCUCCGGUUUUGAUUUUACACGCAUCAGCUUCUUUGUGGAGUCUGGGCGUUGCACUGCGAGGCUGCGGCUGUGCCCCGACGAAUCGAAAGUACAAGAAUACCGCAGUGCUGAAGCUCAGAAGUAGAGCAGAAGAUGAGUGACGAGAAGGAUGCUUUUUAUGUUGUUCGGAAGGGAGAUGCCGUCGGAGUGUAUAAAAGCAUAAGUGAUCUUCAAUCCGUUCUUCGAUCUUCUGUAAAUGAUCCUUCUAUAAGGGUAUUUAAAGGUUAUGGUUUGUCUAAAGAAGCUGAAGAGUAUCUCUCAUCUCAUGGACUCAAGAAUGCAAUUUAUUGUAUUGAUGCGGGUGCUGUAAAUGAUGAUCUCUUUGGCCAGCUUAUGGCUUGUCCUUUUCGGGAACCUAAUUCUUCUAAAGAUAAAUCUGCUACCAAGAAUCAUUCAGAUAAGAGGUCACAGGAGGAUGUCGCAUCAGUUUCACUUGCAGCAAAUUCUCAGAUAAAGCACGCAAAAUUAGACAAUUUCCUCCAAGUUCCUCCAAUUUCUUCUUAUUGUUGUUCGUGUAUUUUGGAGUUUGAUGGUGCUUCAAAGGGAAAUCCUGGGCAGGCUGGUGCGGGGGCUGUAUUACGGGCUGCAGAUGGCAGCAUGGUAUUCAAAUUGCGGGAAGGUGUUGGUAUUGCGACUAAUAAUGUUGCCGAAUAUCGAGGGGUAAUUUUGGGGUUGAAAUAUGCCCUCCAGAAAGGGUUCAAACAUAUACGUGUUCAGGGAGACUCUAAACUUGUUUGCAUGCAGGUUCAGGGUUUAUGGAGAACCAAAACUCAAAACAUGACUGAGUUAUGUAAGAUUGCCAAAGAGCUCAAGGAUCAAUUUAUAUCUUUCGAAAUUUGCCAUGUUGAAAGAGACUACAAUGCUGAAGCUGAUGCCCAAGCGAACCUGGGAGUGCAUCUAAAGAGUACUGGUGAAGUUCAAGUGGAAUGUGACAUGAAACAAUGAACUAAUGCUUGGAGGAAUGAAUGAAUGUUUGGAUCGUUGCUUGUUGAAAUCCUCUAAUGCCUUCGCAUAAAAAACAUGUAUAUAUCUGUUCUCUGGGAAUGUGUCGUGCAUAUAAAUUGUGUUUGUCUGUGGAUUUAUUUUUGGGUUUGGAUAACAUUAGAACUUUGAAUUUUAGAUAUAAAUAAAAAAUAAAAUUGAUUGUUUAAUUUGA